AUGCACACUUGUAGUUCGUUGGUUCAACCCAGCUGCAUUCGCGCCAUGGAACCAUCUCGUUUUCUGACCCUGCUUCUUGUGUGCCAAAUACAUGGGCUUCACUCUUAUCGGACUGAGAACCGCGGCGCUGCCACUACGAGUGCCACCGGAAACGACUCGGCGCUAUGCACAUUCCAAGCCCAACAGACCCAUGCCAACAUUUCCAAUGUGAGUGCCGUCUUCUUUGAGAAUCCUGACUUCACGCUCUUCGAGUCUCGAACUUUCUACUUGUCCCGCCAGGCAGACUGCAAUCACCCAGUGGAUGACGUUCAGCUCGAGACAGUUCCAAUGUUGACUGCAGCAAAGCGCCUGCAAUAUGAACGGCGCUUCAAAGUAAAGAUGAUCAGGGACGGCCUAAAUGCAGCCAAAAGGCAAGAUGCAGCGUAUGCAAACAGGAUCUGGAAGCAGCUCCGGAGCUCGAAGUUUGAAACGGUGCCACUGGUAGAGCUGCAUAUGUUUCCCAAAGAUGCUAUGGACGUCGAGUCUCCAUGGUUGGUCUUCAUCGUGCCGAAAGUUGAAAAGUUGUUCGGUGACACGUUCUUCCUUUGCCGGCCGAAUGCAUCACACCAAAUGGCGGAGCCUCAGCCACUGCAAUGCGUGGCGAACUUGACAUUUGCGCCUUUGCCAACUCGGUUGAUGAACCUUGCUAAGAAGUGGGACCCUGUCCUGGACCCGCUAAAUUCGACACCGCACAGAAUGGUUUUGGGGCUUGAGCUCUCGCUGCUGGCCGCGGUGGCGCUGAUUGGUUGGAAGGUAGCAAUUCCACUGGUGAACAUUGCUCGGCUCUUGCAGAAGCAUGAAGAUGACUCUGAUGAUCACUUGCUUGUGGACACUCUUCUCGAGGAGGUGUUGCCCAAAGACUACAAGCUUGUACACCAUGCAGAAGUUCGUAACCACAUCGAUGACACUGCAGGCAUGAUGGCACUUGAAGCUGGGCAGCAGGUCGCAGUAACUGAAAUGAAGGAAUCCCGGGGAAAUCUUACCCGAAGCCUUUCGGAUUUCAUCAUCGCGCAUGCAGUCCGUGUGUUCCGGCCUUUGCCACGGACGGUUUGGGGGCGCUUAGAGGAGCCGAAGGGAUGGAUGCUAUUGUGCGACAGCACAGGCAGAAGCAACAUCCAGAUAUCCGACCGGGCGCCCUAUGCUGCUAACCCACAAUUGCUGAUCCCGAUCCCAGUUCUUGCGCGUCGGCAGUUACUUUUGGCUGCCAGCCAUGCAUCUGUGCAGUGGAGCCUUCUUGACGAGCUUGCGGGCUCGGUGCCUGUGAAGAUCUUCGUGAUAAUUGCCUUCAGCUUCUUUGCCAUGCACGUUCUUGUACUGUUGCAGGCUGAAUGGACCGUUGAGUGGGGUGUGCAGUGUGAUCAGGCGCUGCAGGAGGAGGAUAGGCGACGGCUCCGCACGGCCAACAGCCAUUCGAAGCGUGUUUUUCUUUUCUUUGCAGCAGCUAUGGCGGUGUCCAUCUUGUUCGGGCUGAUUUCAACGUGCUCACGUUUUGCCUGGAUCCCUUGCUUGAAGUUGAUGCUGGCAGUCCUCAUACAUGCUUGGGACUUACAUGCAUCUUUGACUGGCCUGGGCAAGUGGAGGGAGCCACAGCUGAGCAGCGAAUUCACCGAAUACUCCGCUGAGCAGCUGCAUGUCUCUGACAAUCGGCCGAAGAUCCUGGCGAAGAAGAGAGAAGGGCAUUAUCUUCUUGCCAGCUUCUUCACGUGGUUUGCGGCCACAGUCGGGCUCAGCGUUCUUGUGUUGAUGUCACUGGACUGCACGCACAUGCAAGGCACCUUGGUUCACUAUUCCUUCAGCCGUGGCCACCUUAUGUACCCAGCGAUGGCAACCAGCUUCCACAACACACUCCUUCUCGAGGAUGCCACUGACUCCCUGACAUUUUUCUUCGAAGGUGGAUCUCACACACAGAGUGUUAGCCUGAAGAUCGAGCAUCCGCAGCUGGAGAGCAAUCUUUCCAGCAAUGUUGUGCUCUUUUCCAAAGAAGAUGGUGUUGAGGGCGUUGCGCAAGUGUCUGAGAUGGCUGAAUUGUCGCAAGCGGCCGGUCAAUAUCAAUUCAGUCUUCCGCCCGGGCCUUUAUACAGCCGGAUCACGGUGGCUGCAGGAAGCAAGCUGAAGAUCCCUGCAAUGGAGUACACCUUCCACGUGGUGCGCGUCGGUGGGAGCAUGUCGCUGCUUGUGGCUGGUGAGGUUACUACAGCAGGUGGUGUUGCUUUGUUCAAUGAGACGAGGCAUUGGUUUUACCAGCAGCGACACCCUGACUGGUAUGUUCCUGACCUCACAGGCAACAUGACCCUACAAGCAAGAUUGCAGCCUGUGUGCUAUGCCCCGCUGGCAAAGCUGAAGCCAACGGCACAGACCGUGUCAUCAGUCGGACCAACACAUGUGAGGGUGAAUUUCCAGUUCGCUGACCGGUGUCACUGUGGCGAGGAGGAUUUGGGAACGAGCGUCCACUGCGUGGCCGAGCAACCAUUCAUGCUGAGUAGCUCGCAAUCAGUGUGUCUUUUUCUUCACGAAAGCAGGAGCUUUGAAGGAUCUCAAGACGAAAUCCAUGUUCACGACAGCCGUGGCAGCGUUUCCCGCAGAUCCUUCGUGAAAUGGCUGCAGGAUGUAACUUUCAGCGGUAAAUCUGCAAGGCUUCGCACCGUUGCGGCGCAAAGCACAGUGGAAGUGAAGCAGCCCAAAGCCAGCAAGGAAUGGGUCCUGGAAGCACAGAAUACUACGAAAAGUCAGAUAUCCAGCACCUUCCGUAUCUCAAUGCCAGACAGUUUUUUUUUAAUGCGUGGCUUCCAGCUGUUGCUCUGUGCGACACAGGAUGAGACCGAUGCUGAGGAGCUUGUCCUGCCAAUCAGGAUUGUGCCACACGCGCCACCCAUCUUCCUGAAGGCCGCAAGUGGCUUCCUGCUUCCGGAUGCAUCUGUUAACAGCCAGCGCGCCGAGUAUGUCGCCUGCAACAUGUCCGAUCUCGAUCCUGUCGUUGGCAAAGGCCUUGACAAACGAUUUCGCGCAGAAGAGGAGGUGGUUUACCUAAAGCGGGACUGCACGAAACACGACGUGUGGCAAAAGCGCUUUAGGGUGGUGCGCAAAGACAAGUGCGAGUACUGCGACCGUUACUCGCCGUGGAACGAGAACUAUGACGUGGCUGUGACUUUGUCGCCUGAGUUCUGCUUCAAUGAGGCUAUCGAAAUGGACAACAGCACAACAUGGAGAGACGUUCAGGCUUGGAUUCCAGAUAUCCGGGACUCCCAGAAGGCCUGCGGCUUUGCGGAGAGAGCCGUGCGUCUGGAACAUUUACACAUCAUGCCCAAACUACUGGAUGUCUUUGAUGCCAACUGCGCAGAUUGUGAUCAGACUCCGUUGGGAGUUGCUGCCGCAGAGGACAAGACGGACGCUAUGUCACUGAUUUUGGCUGCUGACAACGUGGAAGUCAAUGCUGCAGACGAACACCAUCGCACUCCGUUGACAAGGGCCAGCUGGUUUUGCAGCAUCCACGCAGUUGACCUGCUACUUAGGAACGGUGCUGAUGUAAACCGCGCGAUGCCCGAGCAUGAGAAUCAUGAGGAUGGGUGCCAGAUCACACCCUUGUUGAAUAUUUUCCAGAAGCGCAAAGCCCUCGGGAAGUAUCACAGGUACCCAUGUUACGUCGGUGCCAAGGCUGCUGAGGGCUCAGACACAUCUCGCCUGAACACCCUCUUGACGCGGCUAGUUCGUGCAAAUGCCAGUCUCAUGGUUCCGGAGACGGAUGACUGUGAGCAAAGAACCGCGCUUGUGGAGGCUAUUGGCAAUGGUAUGUACUCGGCCGUGCCAGAGCUCCUCCGCCUGCGGGCAGACCCUGACCAGAAAGGUCUUAUGGGUGAUCAGAGUGAGAGAACACCUUUGUGGGCACUCUUGCGUGGGUUACUUCACCACAAUGACGAGCUGAGUUUGGGAAGAUUUCUCGAUCUCACGGACCUGGUGAUGAAUGUUUCAAACAACACCGUGAACGAAAAAGGUGAAAGAGGACGAACUGCUCUGAUGGAGGCGGCGGCCUACUGUCAGCCGAGUGUCGUCAAGCUCCUCCUCAAGCACGGGGGAAAUCCUCAGUUGGAGGACAAGAAGCGGAGGAAUGCGACAGAGCUUGCAAGAACGGGAAAAAGAAAGGAUUGCAAAGACGAGAGCAAAAAGCGGGAGACACUGCGGCUGCUGGAGAUGGAGAACUGA